AUGGAGACGGAGAUGAACGAAAUACACAGUGAUGAUGAAAUAGAGCUGAUAUCGUCUUUAAAUCUGAGGGGGAACUCUCUGGAGGUCUCUCGGAAGGAACUGAGCGGACUAGUGGAGAAGCUCGAUGAGAUAAAUAAUUUUGAUAAGAAUAAACGAAGGACUGUAAACACACUGGAAGAUUGCAUUACCAACUCUACUCUGAGUAUUUAUGACCUUAUUGAGAACAAUAAUAAAAUUUUAGAGGACACUAAAAAUUCCAAUAACACCAUAUCAACCAACAAUACUAUCGAGUUGGAAGCUAAAGAGGAGCCAAAACUCACAAUUGACAUUUCCGACGGCGAUAUUAAGUUAAACAUCGACAAUGUAAAUAUAAAAAUAAAAUCGCACAAGACCAAGAAAUCAACCUCUAGCACAGCUGAUGAAUUAUCUAUUGCCAAUAAUCUGAAAGACGCCAUUACUGAUGGUACCAAGUAUCAAGUGAUUCUAUUAAUAUUAUUAGUACUGUUAAAUAUAUUCCGCAAGUAA